AUGCCGGUGUCUAUUCACAUGCUAGACGGCAUGACUAAGGAGCACUAUCUCCCUCACUUACAGUGGUUACGAGCCUACUUCGAGGAGCGUAAACUCCCUAUGCCGAAGGCAAUACUCACUGACCGUAAACAGGCGUUGCUCAACGUACUCGAUGAGGUGUUUCUAGAGACUCUAACGAUCCUAUAUGAAUGGCAUAUCAAUAAGGACAUCCAGGCUAAGCUUUAUAAGCUCGGCGGCAACUUCGCAUAG